AAAGAUAAUAAAUAUAAAACGGGUGCUUAUAUAUAUACAAGGAAAAUGCAAAGGCACCAGCGCAUCAGCAUCACCACCACCCUCUCCUCAUCAACCGAGCCAGCGGCCACGGCCAGCCACGCCUCCUGCCUUCCACCCGUGUCCUCCCUGCAAACUGCAUGCGCGAAGCAGGUGAGACUUGACAGGAGCAGCCAGCCACGCCCCGCCCCACGCCACGCUCCCCAUGACGCCCUUUUAAGAGGAGGACGAGGAGGCGGUGGACCAGUUCGUUCGCGUUGCCCGCGACUCUCUCCGUCCUCCUACUGCCACCCGACUCGUCUCACACGCUUGGCGCGCGCGUGCUUCCACCCGUCCGUCGCUUCGAUUGGUUUGGUUGCCCCGGGCUCCAGCAAUGGCGGUGCAGGCGCAUUAUCACCACCACCACCACCACCACCACCGCGAGUCCCCUUUCCUCGUCAGCAGCGGCGGCGGCACGCCGGAGAGCAGCCGGUUGGUGGCGGCGAUGGAGCUGCAUCAGGCGCAGAAGGAGGCGAUGGCGCCGCAGCAGGCUCCGCCCCUCUUCUUGGACUUCUCGCAUGGAGAUUGCGGCGGCGGGAGGAAGCGGCAGCGCGAGGCGGAGUCCGUGUCGCCGCAGUUCUUCUCGCUGCAGCAGCAACCGGAGGCGCAGGCGCCCAAGUUGAUCAACCUGGCGCAACUGCACAAGCGGCCGGCGAUGGGCCUCCGGCUCGACUUCGACGAGGGCUCGGAGCACGUGUCGUGCACGUCCUCGGCCUCGGCGUCGUGUCUCCUCUCCGAAGAGCUCGCCGCGCAGCGCGAUCAGCACAAGAACGAGAUGGACCGGCUGAUCCAGGAACAUGCGGAGAGGCUCCGGCGCGCGCUGGCCGACACCCGGCGGCGGCACUACCGUUCGCUGGUCGGCGCGGCGGAGGCGGCGGCUGCUCAGCGGAUAAGGGAGAAGGAGGCGGAGGCCUUGGAGGCCGCGCGGCGCGGCGCCGACCUGGAGGACCGCGUCGCGCGGCUGAGGGCGGAGGCGGAGGCGUGGCAGGCCAAGGCGCUCGCGGACCAGUCCACGGCCGCGGCGCUCCACGCGCAGCUGCAGCAGGCGUCUGCCGCGGCGCAGGCGAGGGGCAAGGCCGCCGAGGAAGAGGAGGACAACGCGGGGGGCGCCGCGGCGGACGACGCCGGGUCCUGCUUCGUCGACCCGGACAGGGUGGUGGAGAUCGCCCCGCCGCGCCCGCCGCCGGCCAGGCCGUGCCGGACGUGCAGGCAGCGCUCGGCCUCCGUCGUCCUGCUCCCGUGCCGCCACCUAUGCGUCUGCGCCGAGUGCGAACCCGCUGUCCCCGCCGCCGCCCCCUUCGCUGCCGGCGCCGGCGCCGUCGCGGCUGCCUGCCCCAUGUGCCGUGGCGCGGUCACCGGCACGGUGCAAGUGUUCUUCUCGUAGCAAGCAUUAGGAAAAAUGGGAAAAAGGUAAAAAAAAAAUCAAAAAACAAAACUGGUGCUCCUGCCGAAAGGAAUGGCCGGUGAAAAUGGGGAUUGAACGAUGGCAAAUUAUGUAGAGGGAAUCACAUCUUUCUCUGUUUUUUUAGUCAUUUGUUCAUUAUAAUCCUUCAAUUAGAGUACUACUAGUCAUUCUCCUGCUAUUGUAUUCUAGUAGUAGUUAUCUAGUACCAGUAGCAGGAUUAGGAUCCUGCUGUCUUUUGCCUUGUUCUUGUGGACUUCUGGAAGGCAAGCAAUAUGAUCGACCAUGGACCCAGUACUACGUACAUUUUGGUAGGCAA